UGAGCGGCGAUUGAUUUACCCUUUGGGGAGUCUGACGCGGCUGUGAUUAAAGGGCAGAUGAUUGUGGGAUAAAGAAUUAGGGUGACGCUCAGUCUGGGGUGCAGACAAUUCGGGGUCAGAGAUUUGGAUUUAGGACACGUCACACUGUGGAUUUGUCGUUUCUAUUCGAUUUCACUUUGUGUGGGACCCUGGGGCUGGGGGUCUGUCGUUUAUAAUUAAAGACUGUAAUUGGCUAAUUCCCGGUGUCUUUUCUCUGAGCUGAGAUUGCAGUAAUUGUCAAUGAGUUAAUCCAUUAUAUAUCCAGUAUAUUUAGUACCACCCUGUGUCUCCUAUGCAAUUUACAUUCAACUCUUUCCUCUUUCACAGUUGGGCUCCGCCCCCCGCUGGGCGGUGCUACUUAUACAGGACAGUAUAUAAGGCAGUGCAGGCAGCUCAGUCCCCAGUACAGAGAAGGGAACCAGAGGCCUCUGACUGCAGCAACAGCAACAACAACAACAGCAACAGCAGCUCCAGUCAUGUGUCUGACACCCAGCAAACAAUCUCCCCAGCAGCCAAUCCUGCACAGCAUCAACACUGGCUCCCGACCCCUGGGCUGCCCGACCCGCAAUACUCUCCCUGAAAUCUUCACCUUUGAAGUGAACUCUGUGAGGCCAAUAGGCGCCCCCCGAAGAAACCCAACUGGGGGCAGAGGCAGGAGACCCCGCAAGGUGCUUUACCCUCACCCCACCAAGAUCCGCAGGCUCCUCCCUCCUCCUGACACUGACCCGCCCCUGCGCUGCCUCUACGCACUGUGUGUUCUGCUGCUGCUGCAGGUCUGCUCCCAGGAGCCACAGCUCACUACCCUGCCGGCUGUCCAGCACCGACCCCAACCUUGGCCAAUGCCCCAACAUGAAAUGCUGGAGAAGAACCUGCAACUCCCAGCAGCCUGGCCUGAGGACAGCCUACAACUCCCAGCAGCCUGGCCUGAGGACAGCCUACAACUCCCAGCAGCCUGGCCUGAGAACAGCCUACAACUCCCAGCAGCCUGGCCUGAGAACAGCCUACAACUCCCAGCAGCCUGGCCUGAGAACAGCCUACAACUCCCAGCAGCCUGGUCUGAAGACAGCCUACAACUCCCAGCAGCCUGGCCUGAGAACAGCCUACAACUCCCAGCAGCCUGGCCUGAGAAUAGCCUACAACUCCCAGCAGCCUGGCCUGAGAACAGCCUACAACUCCCAGCAGCCUGGCCUGAGAACAGCCUACAACUCCCAGCAGCCUGGCCUGUGGACAGCCUACAACUCCCAGCAGCACACGCAAUUCAGCAAGUUUUCCACAACCAGACCCAGGACAUCCCUUUACUGACCUGCGACCUCCCUCUGAUUCUGCUGAGGACCCAGCGCUGA